UCAAGGGCUGACAAGGCACGCCGUAGUCGCCCUACAUGCUGGUCCAGCGGACGCUGCUGCAGCGGCGUUGACAAGACGCUGCGCAUCCCCACAUGUAAUCCGCCUCUAGGUUCCAACAACUUCCUCGUGACCGGUGUCAUGGCCUUCGUGGCGCGUGUGGGGCUGUGCGUCCCCGCCAUCGGUGGCUUCGUGGGCUUGGAGUGCGCGGCCAUCUUCGAUCACGAGCACUGGAUCACGGCAGGGUGGCGCUGGGCGACCACGGACAGCAUGGACAAGUUCAUUCGGCUUGAUGCACAGGACCAGCGCUUCGCCUUGCUGCGCAACCACAAGAACGGUGUCUGCGUGCUGGGCCUGCUUGACGGAGAGCUGAUCACGGGCUCUACAGGGAAGCCGCUGGACUGCGUCUGCUGGAGUCCAUGUCGCGUAGCACGGUGCGGACUGAGCUGCAACGAAGUGGCGAUGAUGGAGCUGAGUGGACGCCACCAUCGCAACCCGCUCAAGAAGAAGGACGAGGCCGUCGGCGUGACCUCGACGGUAGUCAAAUGGACGCAUGAUCCCGUCUCGACCUCUGUAUGCGCCACCGCGCACACGGCCAUCAACGUCAAGGACUACAUGACCGAGAAGGUGGUCUCGGCCACGUCGGCCAUGUACGGCACCGUGGCCGACUACACCAAGACCCAGGUGGUGCACGCCUUGUCGUCGACGUACGGCACUGUUAAGGGUGUGACCUUCAUGGCGCUGAGCUACGUGCUCGGCCUCAAGAUCGUGGUGCUAGUCGACGGAGACAGCGGCUGGUGGUCGGCAUAG